GGUUUCGUGCACCUCGAGUGAUCAAGUCUCCUACAGCACCUGCCGCAACCUCUCGUUGACGGUGUCUCAUUUACAUAGAAGAUCAGAGCUUGAGAAUCAGGACGCUGAAGAUGUGGGUGUCUAUGAUGGCACUCUCGCUGGUGUUGGCCGUUACUAUUUCACAGACUGUUGUAAACCCGCCCCGCACUGAUGAUGAGACCGAAACACUAACAUCAGCAGGAGAAGCGGUGGAGGCUGUGUUGGAAACAGCGUCACAUCCCUGGUGCUCCGUCUUCCUUUUCACAGAUGGCACAACAUCCACCUCCUCCGUCUUAACUAUGCUGGAUAGACUCCCGGCCUCCUGGGGUGUGGCAGUGUUCGAGGUGGCAGUGGACGGCCGGGACGCUAACAUGACUCAGGCGCAGCUCUCCCGGGUGGUCGACGAGGCUCGGCGGCUGCGGCAGGUGUCAUGGUGCGUGACGGUGGUGGUGGUGAGCGACGACCCAGCCUUCCUCGCCGCCUUCGCCGAGUGGUCCCUCAAGGGCCGCCUCCUGGUGUGGCCGACGAGGCUCCUCGUCGUCACCCGCCGGCCUCUCUCGGAGCUUCUUAACUUAAAUAAGUCACUGUCAAUGAUGAACGCCAUGUUGCUUGUCGUAGACGAUGCAACGAAUACCAAGAGGUGUAGUGUAUAUAUGCACCUGCCUUACAGCCACAGGGGUGCCCAAGCUGUUCAGCUGGCCUCCUGGAUACCCCACCGAGGCCUCACUCUCUCCUCCCACCUCCAGCUUUUCCCUAACAAGUUCUCACCAUUCAUCCAGCGGCCAACCUUGGUGGUGACGAUGCAGGAGACAGUACUCACUAGAGCCGUGAUGAAGUCAGAUCCUGAGACUCCCGGGGACCAGCGACUCUCGUUCACAGGGCUCAUACCCAACCUCCUGCAGACAGUCGCAAGGAGCACCAACUUCUCGUACAGAUUCUCGCGUCCCCCAGACCGUACCUGGGGCACAAGACAACCGGAUGGUUCCUGGUCUGGCAUGGUGGGUGUGGUAUCCAGAGGGGAGGCAGACAUUAGUCCUGGCCCUUUCGCCAUAAGUGCCAGCCGGGCUGAGGUGGUGGACUUCACCUGGCCAGUAAGUGUAUCUUAUUCAAGAAUCAUGGCACCUCGAGGGCGACCAGAGGUAGACCCGUGGGGCUUUCUGCUGCCUCUAACGCCGCUGGUGUGGACGGCUACCAUGACGGCGCUGCUGGUGCUGUCUACGACGAUAUUCCUUCUGGUUACAUGCCUGGCUCAAAAUAACGUUAACAGAACUAUUUGGACGGUGGAUGUCUACGGCCUGAUUCGAGUUUUGCUGCAACAAAAUAUCUCGGAACUCUCCGACUGGUGGUGGUGGGAGCGGCUGGUGUUGGCGGUGUGGAUGUUGAUGACACUGGUGUUAACACGGAGCUACGCCGGCAACCUCAUGUCCCUCCUGGCCGUGAGACACAUCUCAGAGCCUUACAAAACGCUCCGAGAGGUGCUGGAUGACCCGUCUGUGACCAUGAUAUGGCAAGAUAAUUCAGCAAGCGUGCAGUAUUUUCGUACCACAGACCACGGCAUCUUUAGGGAGGUGGGGGAGGCAGAGACCGCAGGGCGCAUCAGGUUCCUGUCCCUGAAGGAAUACGGCUCAGUUGUGGCUCCGUUGCUGAGGCGGGGCGACCACGUUCUUAUAGAGGAAGAGACUGUUAUAAAAAUGUUGAUGGCUCAAGACUUUACUUACACAGGCCGCUGUGACUUCCACACCUCCAGAGAACAGUACCUGACCAUAAUGCUGAGUAUGAUAACGCAGAAGAACAGCCCUCUCAUACCUGCCCUGCAUAAUAGAAUAAUGCGAGUAAUGGAGGCUGGGUUGUUUGAUCAGUGGCUGAAGGAGAUCAUCCCUAACUCCACAUCUUGUCUCCACCCACCGACCAAGAUCACUGUUAACACGUCUCUCUCCAUAGUUAGCAUCUGGGGAAUGUUUAUGGCCCUGAGUACAGGACACGUUCUUGGGUCGCUGGUGUUUGGCUUCGAGUUCCUCUCCGACCGUCUAAGCCUUGUCUCAUGAAGCUUCCCACUACAGGUUGCCUGGCUUGUAAUAAAACACCGGUAUUAUGACAGUCACACUACACCCAUAGUAUAAUAAUGUAUUACAUGAGUGUGAACUGCAUUUACUCUUCCCGCCAGAAAGAGAAAUAGGAGAAAUAUAAGACUGUAAUAGGAAAAUAAUUAGACCUCAUUCGGUAAAUUAAGAACAAUAUCGUACAUUACUUCAAGUAAACAAAGGGAUGAUGUACUGAGAUGUGUUUAUGAUGCAGGACGUCUAGCAGGUGGGGGAGGGCCCGUUAUUAUGGUCUCUAUAUUCAUUGUUUAUAAUAAGAAUGUUUCACAACAACACGACUUAAAAUUUACAGUCAAACUUUGUUCACAAUAAAAUCACCAAAGAGGCUCAGU